CAAAAAGCACCUCUUUCAAAACACCGAACAUGGCUUCACCCGCAAAGAAAGCAAAGACUGAUUCGUCCUUACCUGUUUGCCCGUAUGGUGCCAGAUGCUAUCGUAAGAAUCCACAGCAUUUUAAAGAAUUCAAUCACAACUCAAAAGACGAUGGAGCUGUGGCAGGAAGCAGUCGGUCGAAGGCGUCUGACGUUUUAACAGCCGAUAUGUCCAAGCUUCCUCCCUGCAAGUAUGGGGCGUCUUGUUACAGAAAGAACCUAUUACAUUUCGCGGAAUUCUCUCAUCCAACAACUGUUAUUUCAAAUAUCACAUCGAACGAUGACAGCGACACGGACGAAAUUUCCGAUUCAGAUGAUGAAAAGAAAGAUAAGAAAGAUGGGGUGAAAUCUGAUGAUAUCCUAAAACGAGGAAUGUCACUGGUGAAGAGCUACUCAAAAAUGUCAGAAGAAGAAAGGAAAGAGCUCAUCAAGAAGGCAUUCGAAGCAAAACUGAAACUACAGAAAGAACUUCAGGAAACUCAAGAUGAAGUGAAAAACAAAGACAAGAAACUUCAGAAGCUUCAGGAUCAGGUUAGCACAGGGUUGUUGCUAGUAGAAGGAGAGAAAGAAGCUUUGGAAGGGAACAAGACUGUGUACUUCUCAAUGAAGGCAGAGCGGUCGUACAAGGAGGGGUCAGCUGACCAAACUCAUUUUCGACUCGCAGAAUCUCAGUUCUACAGACUCCUUAGUGGUCCUGGUGCCUCAUCAUAUCGCGUCACAAAUGUUGAGUAUGUGGUGAAUCCUGUUUUAGUUAAAAAAUUUAAAGCCGGCCGUGAAGAUUUGAAGAAGCACAGAGGGGAGGACAAAUCCUAUCCGGUCCUAGCUUUUCAUGGGACAGACGAGAAAAAUAUCCACCCUAUCUGCGAGACUGGGUUCAAAGUUCCAGGAGACUCUGGAUUUAAGCAUAAGACCGACACAGGAUGGUACGGAAAAGGGGUAUACUUCAGCGAGUUUCCGGCAUAUUCUAUGGGGUAUAUUCAGGGGUCAACUAAACUGCUGUUGUGCCAGGUUCUACCAGGGAAUGUGUUCCAAUGUACAAAGCUAAUCCAUGGAGCACCACUGCAAAAGGGGCAUGAUUCCCACACAUCACCAGACAAACAGGAACUGGUCAUCUUCAAUGGCAAUCACAUCCUUCCAUCCUACAUUGUACAUUAUGAACAUGCCGUAUCCAAUUUCAAAUACAAAACUGCAGGUGAUGGUGUCUCCAAUUCUGAUAUGCUUGAUGAUCAGAAGGUAGCUAGUGCCUACGCUGCCAUAGCUAACUCCAAGGCAUCAUCAGCUUUUAAAAAUGAGAAACUCAUGUUUUCUGGAAUAUUCCAACUUAAACAAAACCAAAUGUUGGAGCUAGCACAGAAACAUGGAUCUGGGAAAGCUACACCAAAAGUCUUCAGUAUACUGGUGGCCUCACAAAUGGAAUUCCUAAAUAAAAGUAAUAAAGUGCAGCAAGCAGAGUCAAAAGGGGUGCCAGUUGUUUGUGAGAUGUUUGUAUAUGACUGUAUCAAAGACCGCAAGUUGAAAGCAACAGAGCCAUAUGAAUAUUCUGACUAGUUUGAAUUUUUUUAGUGAGAGUGAAUUCUUAUAUAUAUCAUAGAUGUUUAUUUUUAUAGUUCAAAAUUUCACAGUUCAAUAUCAAUUUUGAACCAAAAAUGAUAUAUUUUCCAGGAAAUCAUGAAACAAUUUUCUUUAUUUCAUUCUAAAGAAUUGAAUCCGUUAUAAAUAAGAAGAUUGAUUUUGAAGUGAUUUACCAGGAGUUGAGAUGUUUAUGAUUCCAAAGUACAGUAACAGUACAUCUCAUAACGUGUUCAAUAAGAGAUAUGGAACUUAUACACACACAGAAUAAGGGUAGGGGUUUUGUAUAAGAUUUAGGGAACUGUUAGGGUAUGAUAUAAGAAGGAAAAGUUUGAAUAAGGAAGGAUAUAUGAUGUUGGAAUAGAAAUGUUUUUUGGAAGUGUGGGUAACCAUUGUUGGGGCAAGUCAUAGCUGGCUAGUAGAUUGAAGCAGGAACUGUAAUCAAAGUUUUGUGAUAUAGAAUUAAUUUUGGGAGGAUAUACCGUAGUUAGGCAUCCUAUGUAUUGAUUUAGAGUGGGAUUUCUAGAAUAUGGAUACUGUGUAUGGAUUGGAGUACAGUAUUUAGGAGCUAUUAGGAUACAGAAUAAAAAUGAAAGGGAAAUGGUUUGUAAGAAGUGAAGUGUGUAUCUGAAGGAGGGGUGUGAGGCUCUGGUCGGGGGAGUGUUUGAAGAGUGAAUUGGGAUUCAAAAAUGACUUUCUAUAACAUUUAAAAACCGUUAUCAAUACUUUAUAUGUGAUCAGAAAUACACGCUGUAACACUGCCAUUUGUAUAUUACUAUUGCACAUGUAAUUGUACAAUAUAAUUUACCAUCAUAAUCAAUUUAUACUUUACUGAUUAUGUGAAUAGUGUAUAAUGUAUGCACUAGUAUAGUAUCUACAUUGCUUUAAUUUAUUUUGUAACUGUCCUGAUUUUGUGUGUAAUGUUGU